AUGCAAAAACAUCCCAUCUUACCUAUCAAUACUCCUAGAGAUGCCACUUAUCCCAUUCAAUAUUAACCUACUUUCAGGAAAUAACAAGAUGCUGUAACUCCAACUUUAAAUACAAUGAGCAAGAAAACUGAAAUUCCAAGAGCGCCAUCGGCUAUGAAUAAUAAAUUAUAUGCAGAAUAAACUAUGAUGAGAACUAAACAAUAUUAACUUGAUUAAUAGUAAUUAAACUCAAUUAAAGUAGUCAUUAAAAAUAAAGUUCUUAGGGCAGUCUUUCUAAUUGUAACAGCAAUAAAUCCAGGAGCUCUAAAAACUCCACUGGCUUUGAGUAAGUUGCAAACAUAUUUAGUGAAGCAGCAUAGUAGAAUCAAUCAUCUAACAUACGUAUCUCCCAUUUUCAUACAAACACUGCUCCAGUUAAUUUGUAUGAAUAGAAAUUCAAUGACGAAAUGUUCCUUCUCAAAGAUCAAGACACAGGUUUCAAAUUCUACUUAUUACUACAGGAACUGUUUAUGACAUUAGAUAAGUCGAGAAGAUUCAAGUUAAUAAAGAUUACAUGGCCAAGUUGAAAAAAAGACAUAAAUCGGCAUGGUAAGGUUGGUGGCAAUAAAAAAGAGAAAACAAUCACUAUUUAAUCCUAAAUGCCAAAUAAAACAACAUAAAGGAGGUUGAAAAACUAUUAGAAAUCCCUACAAAAGAUUUAAAGCCAGAAAUCAAUAUUAAGGAUGACAAUGGUAUAUCAUACAUGAUAAAAUUAGGAUUUGCCUCAAUUCAUUAUAGUUGUUUAAAUUAGAACUAUGACUUAUCCCUUUUACUUCUCAAAAACGAAGCCGAUUGUGAUUCUGUCAAUGCCCAAGGUUAAACACCAUUAAUAAUUUGUGCUUAAAACGGAUGUGAUUCUAUAGCUACUCUAUUAUUAACAAUAGGAUCAGAUAUCAAUCAUAUUGAUAAUCAUUAAAAUACUGCUUUGCAUUAUGCUUGUUUAUUUUGUAUCUAAUCAAUGAUUCAUCUAUUUUUAGAACAUAUUAGAAUAGCAGAAAUACUGUUGGCCAGACCUUCAUUGUAACUAAAUUUAAAAAAUCUGGAUAAUAAAUCCCCUGUUGAGUUAAUAUAAAAUAACAAUGCUCUUAAAAAUCUUAUAGAAAAACAUUAUAGGGUACUUAAUCUUUUAAAGAUAUUUUUAGAUGAAAAAGGAAUCAUUCAACCAAUGUCAUAAAGUCUAAAUCUAUGAUGAUUCCAAAGAACAAUAGAAAGUGAAUUCUCCAACAAGUAAAUAAUAAUAUUAUCUAACAAACUAAUAUUAGUAAACAUCCAAAUGUUAUUCACCUUAUUAAACUGAUAAUUAAUUUUCUACAUCCAAUCGAUCAACCCUCAAUCAAGUUGUAAUUGUGUAUAAAAUAUUAGUCUUAAUUAAAUGACAGUGAAAUGAUUGGGCCAUCCAAUAUUAGAAUUAUAUUGUAAAUUGGUAAAGGAUCAUUUGGAGAUGUUUAUUUAGUUGAGAAAAGAAAUUAGAGUAAAACUACAUAAGGGUAAAAAUACGCCAUGAAGGUUUUACCUAAAAGUAAAUUCUUGGGGCACAACUUAAUUAGAUAUGCUAUGGCUGAAAGGAAUAUCUUAUCUUAUUUAAAUCACCCCUAUAUUGUUAAGCUAAGAUAUGCUUUUUAAACUAACACUCAUUUGUGUUUGUUGAUGGAUUUCUGUCCUGGUGGAGACUUAUCCAAGAUUAUUUAAAAUUAAAAAAGAAUUCCUGAAUAAGCAGCAAAACUAUAUAUUGCAGAAAUUCUAACAGCUUUAGAACAUCUUCAUAAAAAUGAUAUUAUCUAUAGAGAUUUAAAACCAGAAAAUAUUGUUAUUGAUGCUUAGGGUCAUGCGAUGUUGACAGAUUUUGGAUUAUCAAAAGAAGGAGUCAGAGAUAAUUAUGGAGCCAAGAGCUUCUGUGGAUCAAUGGCAUAUUUAGCUCCUGAAAUGUUAAAACGAGUAGGACAUGGUAGAGCUGUUGAUUGGUAUCAUUUAGGUAUUGUUUUUAAUUGAUUUUUAUUUAGGGAUAUUACUAUAUGAAAUGAUUAGUGGUAAGCCUCCUUAUUUCUCACCCAAUAGGGAUGAAAUGCUGAAUAAUAUAGAAUGCAAUAAGAUUUCAUUCCCAGAUAAUAUUUCAAAAGAAUGCAAAUCAAUCAUACAAUUGCUUUUAGAAAAGAAUCCAAUGACAAGAUUGGGUGCAUCUUCAAGAGAUGCUGAUGAAAUAAAGGAUCAUCCCUUUUUUAAGCAAAUUAAUUGGGAUGAUUUAUUAAAAAAGUAAUUAUUUUUAAACUAUAUGAAUAGAAAAUAUAAACCUCCUUAACCAAUUAUUAAUUAGGAGAUUUUAAAUUAAAAAUUUGACAUCCCAUUCGAUUUUAUUUUAUCGGCUGACAAAUCUAGUUCUAUAAAUUACAUUAAUGGAUGGUCAUUUAUUAAUAAUGAUUUCAGCUAAUUUUGA